AUGAAAUUGUAUUAUCUCCGUACUAGAGAUGCUGAACAAGCCGUGACUUGGCUUUACGGUAACAAUCCGGAGGGUAUUCAAGUCGACUUCGACCACUUUGAAGCAGAAGUUGGCAGUGAGGAUGCUAAGUUCAGGCAAAUCAUCGUCAAAGACUUCUGUGAGGUAUUCGAGCACUUCCGGUUUGAUCCAAUUCUAAAGUCUGUUCAUUUUCGAAACCUACAGCUCGAAGUAGAAAGUAAUUUUGUAUUUGGUGAUAACAAGCCUUUUCAACUACUCAGCAAAGAUAAUGGCCGAACAGACAUCAUGUUUUUAUUCGACUGGUUGUGGCAUACUAAAGGUGUCAGACGCAUCCUUGAGGUCACAAUGGAAGACUUUGAUGAACCACACAGUGACGAGGCUAUCGAGGUGUGUUUGGAGAGAUUCAAGGUUGAGGUUCUCGACUGGCAAAAGGUUGAUCUUUGUCCUGGGGUAAUUUCAAAGAUCGGAAGUCACCUACGGGAAGUUUCUCUUCACUGGAGUGGCCGAAAUGCCGUCUUGAGGGGUUGGAGUGAACAAUAUGGACUUGUUCAAUGCCCGAAGCUUAUAAGGAUCAACCUUCAGUUUCCCAAGAAUCUUGCAACCAGCAACAGAACAAUGCAAAAUAUCUCUAUCUUCAAAGAGAGAUUGUCAAAGUUCAGAACUUCUAACAACAGUAUCGAAGUCACGUAUGAUCAUGACCUCAACUCAAGCUGGGGCUUGCCACAGACAUACAGCAUACAGGCGCCAAUUAUGAAGAACGAAAAUGCAGGCCAAUACAACAUGCAAGAGUGGAUCCGUUGCAUAGAUAGUUUCUCCCAAAAGAUUCAAAACAUUGACCCUAAAAAGGCAUUGUCAAACGAAUUACUGAAAAAUAUACCUAGCUACCUAUUUAAGGACGUAGUUGUUGCAGUCAUAGACGACGGCGUCGAUAUCGGGAACAGAGCCUUACGCGGGAAAAUCGAUGGGGGUAAGAGUUUCGACACCGGUCCACAAGGUCACUAUCGAUCAUCAACAAAUAACCACGGCACAGUUAUGGCAAGCAUGAUCGUCCGCGUUUGCCCCAAGGUUAAAAUAUACGUUGUCAAACUCCAAACGUAUAUGAGUGAAUCGGCUAUUCAAAUCGAUAUUCAAAGUGCUGCUAAGGCAAUUCAAGCAGCAGUUGACCAUGGUGUAGAUAUUAUUUCCAUGUCAUGGAGCGUGAAGAAGCCAGAUGAAAAUACAGCUGAGAAAAAUGCAUUAGACCAAGCACUAGAGAAUGCUAAAGACAAGGGUAUCUUGCUAUUUUGCUCAUCUGGGGACCGAGGUGAUCUCGAAACUGAAACAUACCCAGGCGCAUAUAGCGGCGGCACCAUAUUUAGAAUUGGUGCCGCCACAGCCACUGGCAAGGGCCGCGAAGGGACACCGGAGCUCAGCCGAAUAAAUUACCUCCUGCCCGGAUUCGAAAUACCGGAGCGAAAACCCAAGGGUGUAAAGGCCGACUUGUACACUGGUUCUUCAGUAUCAACAGCCUUGGCAGCUGGUCUAGCCGCUCUAGUUCGUCACUGCAUACGCCUUGGUGUUAUUUGGACGAAGACAGCCAGUGUGGAGGAACGAGAUCGGUAUCGAGUAAAGAUUGACGAGAAGAAACUUGACUCCAUGCGCACACCGGGGGAGGCUUUUAAAUGUAUGAAUUAUGCCUUCCAACAAUUCGGUCUCAACGAAAAUAAUCACAAGUAUAUUGAAGUAUGGAAACUACUUGAAAAGGAUGAGUUCAUUUCAAGAUGGAAAGGAACCCAAGCCGAACGGUUAAGAGAGAUUGCGAAACUUGGCCAAUUGUUUACGGGUAUAUUUUGA